GGGCUCUCCAGGGAAUCCUCCUGCUCUGGUUCUGACCAUGGGGAAGAGAGUGGCUGUCGUGCUGGCUGGCUGUGGGGUGUACGACGGGAGUGAGAUCCAUGAGUCUUCUGCUGUGCUGGUGCAUCUCAGCAGGGAGGGGGCACAGGCAGAGGUUUAUGCUCCUGAUGUUGACCAGAUGCAUGUGGUGGACCAUGUGAAAGGACAGCCAACUCAGGAGAAGCGCAAUGUGCUAGUUGAAAGUGCCAGAAUAGCCAGAGGCAAUAUCAAGGAUCUAGCUAAGCUGGAUGUCAAGGGGCUGGAUGCCCUGAUCAUACCAGGUGGCUUUGGAGUAGCUAAAAACCUGAGUACUUGGGCCACCCAAGGCAAGAACUGCAUCAUCUCCAAAGAGGUGGAGGAUGUCCUGAAGGCAUUCCAUGCUGCCAAAAAGCCCAUUGGCCUGUGCUGCAUUUCCCCAGUGCUGGCAGCCAAAAUCUUCCCAGGCUGCGAGCUGACUGUGGGUCAUGACACGGAGUGUGAGAAAUGGCCUUAUGCAAAGACUGCUGAGACCAUGAAGGAACUUGGUUGCAAGCACGUGAACAAACAUGUCACUGAAAUUCAUGUGGAUGUGAAGAACAAGCUGGUGACCACCAGCGCCUUCAUGUGCAAUGCUCCUAUUCAUGAGAUCUACGACGGUAUCGGCAAAAUGGUCAAAGAAGUGGUCAGACUUGCCUGAAUGCCACAAAGCCA